UUAGAAAACACUAGAAGCAUAUAGGAACAAAAGAAUCAAAAUUUUCUUCUUCGUAUUAUUUAUUUGAAUAUGACCUCAAAAGUCAAAGGCUUUCCAAGAACAUUCACUAUAAAAGAAAAGAAGGCUCCUUCUGUUUAACACACAUCUCAAUUCUCACAGACCGUCCCGUUUCGAAUCUAUCAAUGGCAGAAGCAACAAAGAGGUAUGCGGUUGUUACUGGAGCAAACAAAGGUAUAGGAUUGGAAACUGUAAGGCAGUUGGCCUCAAAUGGGUUCACCGUAGUCUUAACUGCCCGAGAUGAGAAGAGGGGUCUUGAAGCUGUUGAGAAACUCAAAGAGUCUGGCCUCUCAGGUCAAGUGGUUUUUCAUCAACUUGAUGUGGUUGACCCUGCUACUGUUGCUUCUUUGGCAGACUUCAUCAAAACCCAGUUUGGGAAACUCGAUAUCUUGGUGAACAAUGCAGGGGUUGGUGGAAGCAUAGUAGAUGGUGAUGCUUUUAAAGCUUCUGUAGCCUCCGGUGCCACGGAAAGAGGAGGAGUUGAUUUUAGUAAACUAGUGACUGAAACUUAUGAGUUAACAGAAGAAUGCUUGCAAAUAAACUAUUAUGGUGCUAAAAGAACAGCUGAAGCACUUAUCCCACUCCUCCAGUUAUCUGACUCACCGAAAAUUGUUAAUGUUUCUUCUGUCAUGGGGAUGUUAAACAACAUACCAAGCGAUUGGGCUAGAGGAGUUUUUACUGAUGCCGAAAACCUAACAGAAGAGAGAGUAGAUGAGGUACUGACUGAGCUUCUAAAAGAUUUCAAGGAGGGUUCACUUGAAAGUAAGGGCUGGCCUUCUUCUAUGCCUGCCUAUAUAGUCUCAAAAGCAGCACUGAACGCAUAUACAAGGAUUCUAGCAAAGAAGUACCCCACUUUUCGUAUCAAUUCAGUCUGCCCUGGCUUUGUCAAAACAGAUAUAAACUACAAUGUCGGUGUCCUACCUGUCGAAGAAGGGGCUGCAAGGGUUAUGAAGUUAGCAUUGCUGCCCAAUGAUGGGCCUUCUGGUUCCUUCUUUGUUCAGUAUGAAGUGUCAGAUCUUUGGUAUGCAGUUGUUACUGGGGCAAACAAAGGCAUAGGAUUGGAAACUGUGAGGCAAUUGGCCUCAAAUGGAUUCACUGUAGUCUUAACUGCCAGAGAUGAGAAAAGGGGUCUUGAAGCUGCUGAGAAACUCAAAGAGUCUGGCCUCUCAGGUCAAGUGGUUUUUCAUCAACUUGAUGUGGCUGACCCUGCUACUGUUGCUUCCUUGGCAGAGUUCAUCAAAACCCAGUUUGGGAAACUCGAUAUCUUGUUGUGGGAGAUUUUACUUUCAAGUCUAACUAUAAGAUAUGAACCCUCUGUACAAUUUACAAGUACCCUAGAAAGAUCAGUGGCUGGAGUUAAGGGAUUUGGCAAUGCCUUGAUGGUUGGUAGUGAGACAGUGGUUUCUGCACAGGUGAACAAUGCAGGGAUUGGUGGAGCCAUAGGAGAUGCUGAUGCCUUUACAGCUUUAGUGAAGUCUUUCGACAUGGGGAGAGGAGAAAUUGGUAGUAAACUAAUGACUGAAACUUAUGAGUUAACAGAAGAAUGCUUGCAAAUAAACUAUUAUGGUGCUAAAAGAACAGCUGAAGCACUUAUCCCACUCCUCCAGUUAUCUGACUCACCGAGAAUUGUUAACGUUUCGUCUUUCCUGGGGAAGUUAAUGCAUAUACCAAGCGAUUGGGCUAGAGGAGUUUUUACUGAUGCUGAAAACCUAACAGAAGAGAGAGUAGAUGAGGUACUGACCGAGCUUCUAAAAGAUUUCAAGGAGGGUUCACUUGAAAGUAAGGGCUGGCCUUCUCCUUCGUCUGCCUAUGUAGUCUCGAAAGCUGCACUGAACGCAUAUACAAGGAUUCUAGCAAAGAAGUACCCCACUUUUCGUAUCAAUUCGUUAUGCCCUGGCUUUGUCAAAACAGAUAUAAACUACAAUGCCGGUGUCCUACCUGUCAAAGAUGGGGCUGCAAGGGUUAUGAAGUUAGCAUUGCUGCCCAAUGAUGGCCCUUCUGGCUCCUUCUUUGUUCACUAUGAAGUAUUCCGGCGGCUAGAGUGGCUAACGGAGGCAGAGACCGGGUGGGAUGAGAAGAGGAGGAGGUGGCAGUUCGAACAAGACUGGUCUCGAGGCCGGUUGUUGACGAUGGCGACGGCAGUGGCUCUUGGAAGCCACGGCUGUGCAGAAAACAGAAGUUUUGCCACUGAGCUUGUUUUGCUCGUAACUUCUUCGUUACAACUCCAAAUCGAGUCCACCACAUGUCUACGGACUGACCUCACCGUGCUCUACGCAACGUCUCAUUUCUCACAGACCGUCCCAUAUCGAAUCAUCAAUAUGGCAGAAGCACCAAAGAGGUAUGCAGUUGUUACUGGGGCAAACAAAGGCAUAGGAUUGGAAACUGUGAGGCAAUUGGCCUCAAAUGGAUUCACUGUAGUCUUAACUGCCAGAGAUGAGAAAAGGGGUCUUGAAGCUGCUGAGAAACUCAAAGAGUCUGGCCUCUCAGGUCAAGUGGUUUUUCAUCAACUUGAUGUGGCUAACCCUGCUACUGUUGCUUCCUUGGCAGAGUUCAUCAAAACCCAGUUUGGGAAACUCGAUAUCUUGGUGAACAAUGCAGGGAUUGGUGGAGCCAUAGGAGAUGCUGAUGGCUAUAUAGCUUUAGUAAAGUCUUUGGAAAUGGGGAGAGGAGAAGUUGGUAGUAAACUAUGGACUGAAACUUAUGAGUUAACAGAAGAAUGCUUGCAAAUAAACUAUUAUGGUGCUAAAAGAACAGCUGAAGCACUUAUCCCACUUCUCCAGUUAUCUGACUCACCGAGAAUUGUUAAUGUUUCGUCUUUCCUGGGGAAGUUAAUGCAUAUACCAAGCCAUUGUGCUAAAGGAGUUUUUACAGAUGCCGAAAACCUAACAGAAGAAAGAAUAGAUGAUGUACUGAGUGAGCUUCUAAAAGACUUCAAGGAGGGUUCACUUGAAAGUAAGGGCUGGCCUUCUUCUUUGUCUGCCUAUGUAGUCUCAAAAGCUGCACUGAACGCAUAUACAAGGAUUCUAGCAAAGAAGUACCCCACUUUUCGUAUCAAUUCGUUAUGCCCUGGCUCUGUCAAAACAGAUAUAACCUACAAUGCCGGUUUCCUACCUGUCGAAGAAGGGGCUGCAAGGGUUAUGAAGUUAGCAUUGCUGCCCAAUGAUGGCCCUUCUGGCUCCUUCUUUGUUCAGUAUGAAGUGUCAGAUUUUUAAUUGAAGAUGAUCCAUUUAUGCAAAUUAAUUACAUGUCAUUUAUUUGGCAGGAUCUUGAACUUUUAAUGUAACAAAGUAUAUUUGGACCCACAACAGAUCCUUUUUAAGUUCUUUCUACAUUCAACAUGACUCGAGGAUGUCAUAGAUUCAAUAGUCCUGUAUGAUUGCAUCUCUAAUACAUUGCUUGUUUACAUUUCUACU